CUGUCAGAUGCGAUUUGGAGUAACAAGUGGAUUUGACGUUUAGGCUUCUCACCAUCGCGCUUGGAAAACCUUUUGAUCACUGUUCUGCACCUAGACCAUGGACUCAGAUACGAGCAGACCCUCAUCUCCCGAAGAGGACGACAUCUUCCUGGCCACCCUGAAAAAGUCAGUGCACGGCUUCUCCAGCGCAGUGUCCUCCUCUCAGAUCGACGCUCUGUCGGAGUUGCACGGCCUCCACAGCUUCACCGCCGAAGACGAGGAGACCCUCGCUCGGCUGUCCAAAAAAGACCGAAAACUCCUUACAGAAAACGAGGUGCAGACCAUCCGUCUCAAGAUUAACAGCCGCGAGAGGAAAAGGAUGCACGACCUCAACGUGGCCAUGGACGGGCUCCGCGAGGUCAUGCCCUAUGCGCACGGACCCUCGGUGCGCAAGCUCUCCAAAAUUGCCACCCUGCUUCUCGCCAGAAACUACAUCCUGAUGCUGAGCAACUCCCUGGAGGAGAUGAAACGGCUGGUGAGCGAGAUCUACGGCAGCGGCGGACACCACGGCGGCUUCCACCCAGCGGCUUGUGGGACUAUGACACACGCGGGGCCCGUGCCGGGACACCCGGUGGUUCCUCACGCCUCUCACCCGGCUGUGCACCACCCGCUCCUCCCCCCGGCCGUCUCCUCCGCCUCUCUGUCCGCGCCGGGUAUCUCCGUCGCUUCGGUCAGAUCCCACCACGGACUCCUCAAAGCGCCCACACCAGGUGCAGGCCCCCUGGGCAGCAGCUUCCAUCACUGGGGCGUGAGCACCGGGAUGCCCUGUCCGUGCAGCAUGUGCCAAAUUCCGCCUCCGCAUGUGAGCAGCAUGAGCGCCAUCCCCAUGCCGAGGCUGACCAGCGACUCCAAGUGACUCCAAACUAACCGGAGACGAACUUUUGGGGCUAUACAGACUCUCUCCCCUUGUUAUUACUCUUUUUAUUUAUCUUUGUUGCUGAAUUCGUUGCCUCAAUGGAACCAGUAAAGAACAAUGCAUUGAUUUCCCUCAUCAGGACUUUGAGGUUUUGCAACUAACGUAGUGUUUUAUGGUUAUUAACAUAAACUGUAACAGGUGUUUCUUCACAGAGCGCCUAAAACACAACUUCUGCUUUUUUUUUGGAAAUCUUCAAUUUGUGUGUCUCUCCAUUUAUCCACUAGAUAAAAAUGGAAAAGGUCAUACCACAAAUAUAGAUUGUAAAUAUGUAGAUGGUUUAUUCUGUUUAAAUAGUCGGAGAUAUCUUAUAUAAUUAGAGUCUUGUUAAUGCGUUGGGAAGACCCCCCUCACAUGAUGCAUCUGCUUUAUUCUGUCCGUAUUAUUCAAUUAUUCUGUCCUUAUUUUCUCCCUUGUAGUUUGUCAUUCUCUGUCUGACCGAAA